UCACAUCAGCGAGUUCACACUCGGGAGAUGCCAUUCACCUGCGCAGACUGUGGGAAGGGAUUCACUCACUCGUCCAACCUACAGAGACAUCAGCGAGUUCACACUGGGGAGAAGCCAUUCACAUGCUCUGAAUGUGGGAAAGGAUUCGCUCAGUCAUCUGAACUGAAGUCACAUCAGCGAGUUCAUACGGGAGAGAAGCCAUUCACCUGCUCUGACUGUGGGAAAGGAUUUGCUCAGUCAUUUGAACUGAAGUUACAUCAGCGAGUUCACACUAGUGAGAGGCCGUUCACCUGCUCUGACUGUGGGAAGGGAUUCACUCACUCGUCCAAUCUACACAGACACCAGCGAGUCCACACUGGAGAGAAGCCAUUCAUAUGCUCUGAAUGUGGGAAACGAUUUGCCCAGACAGCUCAACUGAAGUUACAUCAGCGAGUCCACACUGGGGAGAGGCCGUUCACUUGCUCUGAAUGUGGGAAGGCAUUUGCUCAGUCAUCUGAACUGAAGGUACAUCAGCGAGUUCACACUGGUGAGAGGCCGUUCAGCUGCUCAGAAUGUGGGAAAGGAUUCAUUCGUUCAUCUCAACUCCUGAGACACCAGCAAAUUCACACUGGGGAGAAACCAUUCAUCUGCUCAGAAUGUGGGAAGGGAUUCACCGAUUCAGUUCAUCUGAAAGAACAUCAGUUUGUUCACACUGUGGAGAGGCCGUUCACCUGCUCAGACUGUGGGAAAGGAUUCACUCGGCGUUUUAGUCUAUUAACGCACCAGUUAGAUCACAGUGAGGAGAAACCAUUCAUAUGCUCUGAAUGUGGGAAAGGAUUCACACAGUCAUCUCAACUGAAGGAGCAUCAGCGAGUCCACACUGGGGAGAAGCCGUUCAUCUGCUCUGAAUGUGGGAAGGGAUUUUCUCAGUCAUCUCAACUGAAGUUACAUCAGCGAGUCCACACUGGGGAGAGGCCAUUCAACUGCUCUGAAUGUGGGAAAGGAUUCAGUCGUUCUUCUCAACUCCUGAGACACCAGCGAAUUCACACUGGGGAGAAACCAUUCAUCUGCCCAGAGUGUGGGAAGGGAUUCACCGAUUCAGCUCAGCUGAAAGAACAUCAGUUUGUUCACACUGGGGAGAGGCCAUUCACCUGCUCAGACUGUGGGAAAAGAUUCAGUCGUUCAUCUCAGCUCUCGAGGCAUCAGCAAAUUCACACUGGGGAGAAACCAUUCUGAGGAAAUGCGGAUAUAUAAAAAAUUAUUUUGAACCUAAGUAACCUCUAGAUAAAAGAAUAAUUGGGACUGAACAGGAAUUUUUGAACUAAAGUAAGCUCUGUCUUCAGCAGUUAAGAAAGUCAAUGGCUUAUACUGGUUUCCUUUUAAUUGUCAGAGGGACAUUGAGAAUUUGAUAAUAUAUAUUGUACUCGUGUUUGAGUCAGGACUCAUCGAUAAGGUCAGCAAUGAACAUCUGUCUGGAAUGAAGUCAGGACCUUGCAAAGGGAAUAGCUGAUAAGGACUGGACUGUAUAUCCAUCUAUAUUCAAGCCUUGAG